AUGAACCGCCUCUUCGGAGCCAAAUCCUCCGCGCCAAAACCCACCCUCAACAGCGCCAUCUCUAAUGUCGAUACUCGCGUCGAAACGAUCGACGUGAAGCUUGCGAAACUCAACGCCGAACUCAGCACCUACCAGGCCAAACUGGCCAAAAUGCGCGACGGCCCCGGCAAAUCUGCAAUCAAAUCCAAAGCCCUAAAAGUCCUGCAGCGGCGCAAGAUGUACGAGUCGCAGCGUGACCAGCUGCAGCAACAGUCCUGGAAUAUGGAGCAAGCGGGCAUGAUGCAAGACAAUCUCAAGAAUGUGAUGACGACGGUGGAUGCGAUGAAGACGACGAACAAGGCGCUGAAGCAGCAGUAUGGAAAGGUGGAUAUUGAUAAGAUUGAGAGGAUGCAGGAUGAGAUGCAGGACUUGAUGGAGAUAGGAAAUGAGAUUAACGAGAGCAUCAGCCGGUCCUACGAUGUGCCGGAUGAUGUGGAUGAGGCAGAGCUGGAUGCCGAAUUGGAGGCUCUGGGAGAGGAUAUGAUGUUCGAGCAGGAGAGCGGUAUGGGAGAAGGCCUACCAGGCUUCUUGCAAGACGAAGUAGCUCCGCCAACGUUUGUUGAUGAGCCCCCAGAGCAGGGGAAGAUGAAGGAGGUAGCCGGUGGUGUGGGAUAA